AGCGAAACUGCCCCGCGGCUUAGCUUCAUCCAACACCGCUCGGAGCAAUGGCCUUCAUCAAAGUCCAAAAGACCCGUGCCUACUUCAAGCGUUUCCAGGUCAAAUUCAAAAGAAGGAGAGAGGGAAAGACUGACUAUCGAGCUAGAACUAGACUGAUCAAUCAGGACAAGAAUAAAUACAACACACCAAAAUACCGAUUUGUUGUCCGAUUUACCAACAAGGACAUCAUUGCUCAGAUUGUAUCAGCCAGUAUAGCUGGGGACAUGAUUCUUGCUUCAGCGUAUGCUCACGAACUUCCUCACUAUGGCCUUGAAGUUGGCCUCACAAAUUAUGCUGCAGCAUACUGCACUGGGCUUCUGUUGGCUCGCCGAGUCCUCAAGAAACUCGAAAUGGAUGAAGAUUAUGAAGGAAAUGUUGAGGCUACUGGGGAGGACUACUCUGUGGAACCUGCUGAAAGCAGGAGGCCGUUCCGUGCUCUCUUGGAUGUUGGUCUUAUCCGAACAACCACCGGGAAUCGUGUCUUUGGUGCCCUGAAGGGUGCUUUAGAUGGGGGACUUGACAUUCCUCACAGCGAGAAGAGAUUUGCUGGAUUCACUAAAGAUUCAAAGCAACUUGAUGCUGACACUCACCGCAAGUACAUCUAUGGAGGUCAUGUCGUAGCAUACAUGAAUAGUUUGAUGGAAGAUGAACCAGAGAAGUACCAAUCUCACUUCAGUGAAUAUAUCAAGAAGGGUAUUGAGCCAGACAGCAUCGAGGAGAUUUACAAAAAGGCACAUGCUGCUAUACGUGCUGAUCCUUGCCCAAAGAAGACCAAGAAGCAGCCUCCUAAGGAGCACAAGAGGUUCAACUUGAAGAAACUAACUUAUGAGGAGAGGAAGGCCAAGUUGGUAGAGAGGCUCAACGCUUUAAAUGCAGCUGCAGGAAAUGCUGACGACGAUGAUGAGGAUGAUGAGUGAACAAUAUGAAACGAACAUUGUCCACCUAUUUCCAAUUUGUUUUUUCUAGUAUUUUAAUCCCAAGUUAUGACUCAAUUUUGCCUGAUGCAUGUCUUGCUUUCCGAGAUUGUGGAUUUUGGAUCUGUAUCAUCACUCCUAUAUUAUUUGUUUUUGCGUUUCCCUGCUCUAUAAGUAUGUUUCUUUUUCAUUCCCAACUAUUUCCGUACUGGUUUUAAUUUUGGUAUUCUCAAGUUUGUUAAAUCGAUUUUUGAAAUCUUUGAAUAGAAUGGGACGUUGGGUGGAGGAUUUUAGUUAAAUUCAAAUUUAAAUCGUAUUAUUAAGUACGUGACGUCACUCACUUAUGUCAAAGUUGG